AUGGCGGAUGAUGAAGCGAAGAAGGCCAAACAGGCCGAAAUCGACCGCAAGCGCGCUGAGGUGCGCAAGCGCAUGGAGGAAGCCUCCAAGGCCAAGAAGGCGAAGAAAGGUUUCAUGACCCCCGAGAGAAAGAAGAAACUUAGGUUGCUCCUGCGUAAAAAAGCCGCCGAGGAACUUAAGAAAGAACAGGAACGUAAAGCAGCUGAGAGGAGGCGCAUCAUCGAGGAGAGGUGCGGUAAACCCAAGAACACUGACGAUGCAAACGAAGCGGAACUGCAGACGAUAUGUCAAAUGUACUGGCACAGAAUAUACAACCUAGAAGGGGAUAAAUAUGAACUAGAACGAGCUAUCUCAAUUAGGAAAAUGGAGGAGUAUUAUGACCGCAUGUAUGUGUGUGAGGGCCAGAAGUGGGAUUUGGAACAUGAAGUCAGGAAAAGAGAUUAUGAGAUCGCUGACCUGAACUCUCAAGUCAAUGACCUCAGAGGCAAAUUCGUCAAACCAACACUCAAGAAGGUGUCCAAAUAUGAGAACAAAUUCGCCAAGCUCCAAAAGAAGGCAGCCGAAUUCAACUUCCGUAACCAAUUGAAGGUCGUCAAAAAGAAGGAAUUCACCCUUGAAGAAGAAGACAAAGAGAAAAAGCCCGACUGGUCCAAGGGCAAGCCAGGCGACCAGAAGGAGCCUGAAACACCAGCAACACCCGCACCAGCGGCACCAGCAAAAGCU